GGAAACACGACUGUGCAAGUUUCAAAUUGAAAAUGCAGGUUUCUGUUCUGCCCUUACACGAGAAAGUUUGGUUUCGAUGCGGUGAAUUUCAUCGGGUGGGAAAAUCUUCAAUCAUGUUUUCAAAAUUCGAAAAUCUUGCUGUUGACGAUGUACUGAACGGUAGGAUACCCGGUAAUGUACUUGUACCCUACGGCUACCGUAUCACGCACGCACGAUCGUGACGCCUUCUCCAAUCAACAUGCCGUCUUCUCCCAGCACGAUGCUCCCUACCUUCGAUUGGCACACCAAAUUUUGUCGUCCCGAAAGGUGCUUUCAUCGCACAUUAUUAUUGGUACUGUCACAACCAUCUCCUUAGCAACCAUGAAGCCCGCGAUUCUUUUUCUCUCCAUGCUCUCCGCCGCUUCGGCCUUCGCGCCGUCGUUUCUGGGCACCAAACUCUCCAGCGGGUAAGCCGGGGUGUGACGGGAUCUGGCGGGAUCUGGCCUGGUGCCUUUCGGCCGCGGGAUCUGCACGACACGCGUUGCGUCUCUUACACGUUCUUGCUUUGCAUGCAUCUGUCUCUUCUCUGAACAUUGCGACGCAUCGGUUUGGAUAUUCAGUCUGUCGCAAUCCGCGUCGACAACCUGCUUGGAAAUGAAGUAUACUCUCGUUUUGGUCAGGCAUGGUGAAUCGACGUGGAACGACGAAAACAGAUUUACCGGUUGGUACGACUGUCCCUUGAGCGAAAAGGGACUCAAGGAGGCGAACGAUGGCGCCAAUUUGUUGAAGGAGGCCGGAUACACAUUCGAUGUUGCGUACACGUCUACCCUUCAGCGUGCAAUCAAGACGCUAUGGAUUAUUCUCGAAGAAAUGCACCUCAUGUACAUUCCUAUCGUCAAUACUUGGAGAUUGAACGAAAGACAUUACGGAGGUACGCAACGUUUUCCCGCUGAACUGUGGUGGCGCACAUCUUUUUGUUGUAUUGAUACCAUGCGUUCCAACCAACCAACCCGAAACUCACGAUGCUGCUCGUUCGAAUUCAUUUUUCAGGCUUGACGGGUUUGAACAAGCAAGAAACAGUCGACAAACACGGCAAAGAUCAGGUUUUGGUCUGGAGACGCUCGUACGACAUCCCGCCACCCGAUUGCGAUGAUUCUUCGGAGUACUACCCCGCAAACGACCCAAUGUACGCUAACGUAUCGAAGGAAGAUCUGCCAAAGUCGGAGUCCCUAAAAUUGACCGAAGAGCGCUUCAUGGUUGAGUGGGAUGCAAACCUGGUUCCCCUGAUCAAGAGUGGAAAGAAAGUCAUCAUUGCCGCUCACGGCAACACCUUGCGUGCCCUGGUCAAACAUUUGGACGGAAUUUCCAAGGACGAUAUUACCGGAUUGAACAUCCCAACCGGUGUUCCGUUGGUUUACGAAUUGGACGACGACAUGAACCCUAUCGCCCAGGAAGGAGCGAUCGCCCCGUUGACCGGAAAAUACUUGGGAGACCUCGACAAAGUGAGAGAACGCAUCGGAGCUGUUGCAGCCCAGACCAAGUAAAGAAGGAAAUUAAUCCCCAACAUUUUU